AUGACGAAGGUCCUCGCGGCGCUGCUGGGGCUGGCGCUGCCGCGGUGCGCCGAACCCGUGGUCGUCGUCGCCUGCGCCGGCGACAGCAUCACGGCCGGCGGCCACGGCGCGGGCCACGACUAUCCGUCCCUGCUCCAGGACCUGCUCGGCGACGGCUACGAGGUGCACAACUUCGGCCGGAGCGGCACGACCGUCGGCGACGGCGACGGCUUCAAGCCCUGGCGCGACAGCGGCGGCUACGACGACAUGAUGGAGACGCGCUUCGACGUCGGCAUCGUGAGCCUGGGCACGAACGACGCCAAGGAGUCGCUCUGGGGCGCCAUCGAGGACGACUGGGUCGCCACGUACGUCGACCUCAUCGAGGAGCUGCGGUCCGCGUCGCCGGGCGCCUACUUUUACGUCGGCGCGACGACGCCCUACCUCUGCUGCAGCGGCAAGUGGGGCGACGACACGUCGGUCAUCAACGAGGAGCUGCCGGCCCUCGAGCGCGACGUCGCCGACGCCGUCGGCGGGUCCAUCAUGGACUUCCGGAGCGCCCUCGGCGGCGACGACGUCGUCGAGGACUACUACGACGACAAAAUCCAUCCGAACGAACGGGGCUACGCGGCGAUGGCCGCCGAGGCCGCGGCGACGCUCCUCGGCGGGGCUGCUAGCCGCUUAAAGACUCCUCUCUGCAUCGGCCGCACGCUGCCCGGCGGCGCGAAGCUCGACGCGUACGGCGCGAAGCUCAGCACCGAGCACUCGAUCCUCAACCUCGAGUCGCGACGCACGGACUACCACAACGCGGUGCUCGCCCAGAUCCACGACUCGGCGCGGCAGGCCGGGCUCCCGGCCCAGCGCGAGCCGCGGGGCUUGCUCUUCUCCACGGGCCUCACGGCCGCGGGCCGCGCGCGGCUGGCUUCGGAGCGCGACGCGGCCGUCAUGCUCGGCGACGCGCGUGACGCCACCGCCGGCGACGGCGCGGGCGUCAACCGCGCGGCGCUCGUGCCCUUCUCCAACGUCGAACGGCGCGUCAAGAACGUGACGCCGGACCUCGCCGUCGAGCCCCUCGACAAGGUCCGCCGCAUCUUCGACGUGAAAACGCUUGCCUGGUCCGCCGCCGACUCGAACUACUACUCCACCGCGGCGUCCGCGCGGAGAGGCGCGUCGCCCGUGGACAAGCGGGCGUCCUACGUCGACAACGAAUACAAGGCGCACGCGAAGCAGAUCGACGUUGAGAUCAACGGCGUCUCCGACGGCCCGAUGCUCCGCGCGCUGAGCUCCCUCGGCGGCUGCGUCGGCCUCGUCUUCGGCCAGUUUUCCGAGGCCUCCAAGGACGUCUCGUCCCUGCUCGCGGACGUCGCGACCGCGCUCUCCGAGUCGCGUUGGAUCUCCAUGGGCUGCGCGUGCCCCGACCAGGCGAAAGCCCUGCUCAGCAACGAGCUCCACCGCGAGUGGGGCACCACCGCCGCGAAGUACCGCGCGCGCUACCUGAUCUCCGGCCUCAAGUUCCGGACGAACCUCGACGCCGCGGCGAAACUUGAGGAGUACAGCACGAACCGCGAGUACUGGUACGACCCGCGCAUCCACCAGGGCAUGGGCGGGAACAUUGGCGUCGGCGGGCUCAUCGCGAGCGUCAUGGCGCCGCUCAUCACGAAGGUCAUCGACGUCGCGGCGUACGGCGGCCGCGACAUCCGCACGGACUGCGCCGCGGCCGCGCGGUCCGCCGUCGCCGCCGUCGACGGCCUCGCCGCGCCGGUGGCCCCCGGCGCCGCGCCGGCGGCGUCGCUCGUCGUGGACCUGGGAUGCGGCACGGCCGCGUCGACGCGGGGCCUCCGCGCGGCGUUCCCCGAGGCGGACGUGCUCGCGUACGACACGUCGCCGCCGUUCCUGCGCACGGCGCGGCUCCUGACGAACGUCGUCGGCGGCGCGAAGCCCGUCGUCUUCAAGGAGCGGAACGCCGAGGCCACGGGCCUCGCCGACGGGUCCGCGGACGUCGUCUCGAUCCAGUUCGUGCUCCACGAGGUGCCGCAGCAGGGCCGCGCGGCGCUCCUCGCGGAGGCGAAGCGCGUGCUCCGGCCCGGCGGCCUCCUCAUGGUCCUCGACAUCGCCCAGGAGUACUCGCCGUCGCCGGCCAUGGCCGAGGGCGAGCCCUACGUCUGGGGCUACAUGCGCAACAUCAAGCGCGACCUCUCCAAGGCGGGCUUCGUCUCGCUCGAGGAGACCAAGGUCGUGCCGAACCACGCGACCAUGUGGCUCUGCCGCACGAACAUCAUGCCGAGGCCCGCGGGCAAGAACAAUAUCCUCAAAAUCAACCUCGGCGACGCGGGCCUCGCGACGAAGCGACGAGACGCGGCGCGAGACGCGAUCGCGGCCGUCGCCGAGGCGGCGUGAGAUGCACACAUGUCCCCCCUUCCCCUGUACACACCCCUGUCCAUGCC